AUGAGCCGUCGAAGUGACGAGAGCCAAGCUCAAGAGCCUCGGGCUCCACGCAGGGGUAAUGACCUCUUGUUCGAUGAACUGGAAGAAGGUCAGAUUGACCUGGACGAGCCCAUGGCUGGCGAUACGUCAUCACAAGGCGCCUCUCCGAGGUCUCACCGCAAACGACCGAACCCUCUACGGGCUUUGCGCGAUGCGCCUCCGCUGCCCUCACGGUACGUCGAGGUAGAUCAGCGUGGUUCAAACGGCAUUACGAAUGACCUGGAUGAGGCUCAGAGCCGUAUGCUAUCUACUCAACAGUCGUCUCGACCUGCAAUUGUUCAUUCGUCGCGUCGCGACUAUGGCUUCCAGCCAUGUGACGCUGCUGAAACUGCACGUCGUGCUGCACAGCAACGUUUAGACACGUAUGUGUGUGGGCCUGCUGCCGCUACUGCUGAUGAGCAGGUGCUCCGGCACCCGCUCUGCGAGCGAUACUUGACUCCACAAGUCACAACUCCGCAGGAGUAUCGGGAGCGCUUGCAAUUGCAACUCAACCGACAGUCGGUUCCCUCCAUUCGAACCGUUCGGGUUGUUCUCAACCCAGCGCCUGGCGGCGCUGUCGCACGCUAG